AUGUCAGUCUCUGGCCAGGAACUGAAACUUCAAGCUGCUGCAGAUCAAGGUCACCUGAGAUCAAAGGCAGCAAGUAGCCGGGCCACCAGGGAUGUAGGGAUAGAAGAUGAAGCUGCAGUCUUGGGCAGGACCACAGAAGUUCUGAAGUUCUGGCACAUGGCUAGCUUGAUUUCUGUAGAAGAACAACUGGUCCAGGCUCUGAAAGAAUAUAUCGUUUUGGAUGAAGCCAAACUGUCUGUGAUGAAAAGCUGGGCUGAGAAAAGAGAUGCACUGAACCUUGUAAUCCCUGAAGAUAAGGAAGAAUUUGGCAAAUUAGUGGAUGUGUACAAGGUGCUAAAGCAUCUAAAUAAAGAUUGGUCAUUCGUGGAGAGCUUUGUCCUUCAGGACCCAUCCAUUGGAGCCAAGUAUUGUUCUACCCUGAGUUUUGGUGAUUGCUUCAGGUUGGGCCAGACAGCCCACAGCAUCAGUGACUUUCACCACUCAAUGCUUUGGAUGCAACAGGUACUGAAGCAACUAAAUGCAGGGGAGCACAGCACUAUCUCCAAGAUCUAAGUCCUGGACUGUCUUAAUAAUGUCAGCUUCCAGCUUGGGGACCUGUACAGGGCAGUGGACUUCACCCAGCAACUGCUUUCUCUUGACUCCUCUCAUGAACAAGCCCGGUUGAAUCUCCCAUACUUUGUGAAGUUUUUGGAGGAAGAAAGGGCAGGAAAACUUGGGAAUGCGGCAUUAGAGACUAAGCAGGAGACAUUGAGCAGUGGCCCUCAGGAUACCCUGGAUCAUAUGCAAACCCACGAGGUCUAUGAGAGCCUCUGCCACGGAGACAGUAUCAAGCUUACACCACAGAAGCAGAAGAGGCUUUUCUGCAGGUACCACUGUGGCAACAGGAGGCCACAGCUGGUUAUGGCCCCCUUCAAAGAGGAGGAUGAGUGGGACAGCCCACACAUCAUUAGGUACCACAAUAUCAUGUCUGAUGAGGAAAUCAGGAAGAUCAAGGAGAUUGCAGAACCUAGUGUAAGUUCUCUUUUGGUAGUGACCACAUUUCCCUCUGUUACUUCCUGGGACUUACCUUGCUGUCAUUAUUUGGGGACACUUAAGGGAAAAGCUGAUAGCAGAUUGCCAUUUUAAA